AUGGUUUCAUCCGUAGUGGCCUUAGAACUGGCAAAAAGAACUGAUAUCAACAACAAGAUGUGUACGAGCACUGAAAACCUAUUUUGGUGGAUUAAAGAAGUGGAAAUAUUUACAUCAGUAGCAAUAGUACAGUUCAAUGUAAACGAUAAACCAGUUAACAAUUUUCAAAAACCUUUUACUUUGACUUUCGAAACGCAUGCUGAUAUAGCAUCCGUUAUAGAUAUACACAGGAGUGCCACCCCAAAAAUACUAGAUAACAACACACUCAAAACAGAUCAUGAUUUUGAAAGAAUGUCUAUGCAUCGAAUAGAUGUUUUCAAGAAACAGCCGUUUAUUAUUAAAUUUAUAGAUUUGCCUGCAGCUGUAAUUUUGGAUAUUCUGGGGGAACCAAUAUUCUUCUUGAGCGAUAUUCCAAUAUCGUGUAGGUAUGGUUACGUUUUGAUAGUGAAGACAGGAAAUAAAUCAAAAGCAGGAACAACGUCCAAUGUCUCGAUCAAGAUUUAUGGAACAAAAUCUGAAAGUAAUGCACAUGUUUUAAAUUAUCCUGAUCCUGAAAAAAAAUUGCUCCAAAAGAACGAAGAUAAUUGGUUCUUCGUAGCCACGGAGUUUUACCUAGGCGAUAUAGAAAAAAUAGAGCUAUGGUGUGAUUUUAUAGGCUACAACCCAGCUUGGUUUUGCUCAGAACUAGAAAUAUUUGAUAUUCAACAGAAUAAAUACUGGUCAUUCCAAGUGAACACGUGGUUUGAAGUUUUAAAAAAUGAACAAAUGAUGUAUACGGCAUAUCCUACGAAACCGGGCGAUGUCAAGAAGAAAAAAGUUGCUGCUCUCAAUUUAUUCAACAAAUUUUUCAACAGUUUCCGAGGAGCGCAUAUGUGGAAUUUGAUCAAGUUUCUCCUUAUUACUAACAUAAUUAUAUCGAUGACGAUACUAAUAAUACUAGGAUUUUGGGUGCCACACAUGACCGGCUUGUUAUGGUUAACUUCAGUCGCGAUAAGUCUUUUAGUGUACAUUUUCAUUAUGGAGAAUUUAAUGCGGGUGAUUGUCAAUUUCACGACAAAUCAGAAAACAAGGGAACAAAGGCACUGGGCAGAAAUAAAGGAAAGGCUCUGGGAAAUAGUACAAGACCUGUUUAUGAUUACGAUAUACGUUUUGUUGCUGUAUCUAGUAAUAAUGAUGGAUAGAGACGCAACGUCAUACAUAAGCCAUAUUGAAGUAGAAGAUCUCAUCAAGGGAACCCAUUCCAGAACAAUUUUGCUGGAUGACGUUUAUCACCGAAACGAGAUAGAAAAUUAUAUAGAAGAAACUCUUAUUACCUCCAUGCAUUCGCUUCAGUGGUACGGAAAGUAUGUGUCAAAGAACCCGGGCACGACCAUAGAUAAGACGAAUAAAUAUUUGGGAAUAGCGCGGUUGAGGCAACACAGAGCUUCUAGUUUACACUGUGAUGAAGAUUUCAUCAACCAAACGUCAUGUUAUCCAACAUAUUAUGGGUAUCCUGAAUACCGAAAUUUCAGCGAAAACUGGCUAGAAGUUGAAUUGUCCAACCAAUUUUCUAGAAUGGAUCAUAUAUGGAAAUACGUCAGCGAAAGUGUAGCUGGAACUGUAAAUUACUUCGGAACAUUUGCCGUAUAUCCAGGUGGUGGGUACAUAGCUACGCUUGGACGAACACUACAGAACUCAUUAUUGAACUUUAAUUAUUUGCGUCGAAACACUUGGAUUGACUCCCUGUCCAGAUGUAUAUUUAUAGAAUUCUUACUAUACAAUCCAUGCAACAAUCUAUUCAAUUCCAUCCGAAUCACAUUUGAAAUAUAUGCGACUGGAUAUACCGAAAACAAUUUAGAAAUUCAAACCGCAAGGCUACUAUUCGUUAAAGAAGAAACCAGCGACAUGGUGUGGAUCAUCCUCUUUUCCUUCAUCAUCAUGUUAAUAAUCUUGAUAAUAAAAUUAACACACAGGAUCAUCCGCAAAAGGAAGCUUCUACUAAAAGACAUCUGGCAUGUAGCGGACAUAUUCAUCAUCCUUAUCAGCCUUACAUGUCUGGGACUGUACAUAGCUAGAUCAGACGUGGUCAGGAUAUUCUUAUCGGACGUGGAAAGCGCUAAAAACAACGAAUUUGUCAACUACUUUCAUCUGAUGUACACCGAAUCUAGUCUGACGAUCGUAGCAGCCAUCCUAGUUUUCCUCGCCACGCUUCGACUGUGGAAGUUGAUGAGGUUCAUGACGAUUGUCAAGGUGGUCGAGAAGACCCUAAUUCUCUCCGCUCCCGCUCUACUGAGUCUAUUCCUAUGUCAGUUGGUGUUCAUGUUUGCUUGCGCGUUUUUUGCUAUUACGAAGUAUGGAGACUACGACUAUGAUUUCAGGGGUGUCAUUGCCUCUUUGACAACUCUCUUUGUAGGCUCUUUAAACUUUUACAAUUUUGAUUUCGAUGCCAUAAGUGGAAGUGUAGGUUAUUUAUUUUAUUCGGGGUUCAUGCUUGUAACGUUGGGAAUUUACACGAUUGAUAUAGCCAUUAUCACGAUAAGUUAUGGGGAAGCUCAGUUUUUCUAUUCUAGCGAAGAAGAAUAUAACAUUGUUGAUUUACUCAAAGAACGAUGUCAGUACUAUGGGGAAGUAAUAAGGGUUAAGUGGAGAAAGUUGAGGCUUAGGGGAGGUAACGAGAAAGGCAAGUCAGAUGAAAAGGUGUACCCGAAAGACGACGAAUUCAGGUAUGCCAAUUGCGUCACUUUGCAGUCAAAUAAGAUGGACGCAAUGACGUGCGUUACUAAAUGUCUGUUGAGAAAUAUGAGAAAAGAAAGAAAAAUAGAGAUAACUGACAAAGACGCUGAUUUAAUUAAGCACACUAUUGUUAAUUUAUUUAGAACAGACACCGAAGAAAAGGAAAUUUUUUUUACAAGUAACGUACAGGGUGAAAAAUUUAAAUUUGUUGAUGAUAAAGUUAUGUUGAAAAUGCAGGGGGUUGUUGAGGCACUUCUAUCACAGGAUGACGAUAGAUCGGAAAGGAUGAAGCGUAGACAACUCUAUAAGAAAAUUAUAGAGUCUCACAAACAGAAAAUGGAUGAUAUAGCUGAUAAUUUGAAUGUCCUUUCAAAUGUUCUUAAGGCUGUCAAUAUUAGAAAGUAG